AUGGCUAGCCAACAGGACAAGUCCAUCCUCGGGAUGCCCGGCUUCGUCGUGGACUUCUUGAUGGGUGGUGUCUCCGCCGCCGUCUCGAAGACUGCUGCCGCUCCCAUUGAGCGUAUCAAGCUUCUUAUCCAGAACCAGGAUGAGAUGUUGAAGACUGGUCGUCUCGACCGCAAGUACAACGGCAUCAUGGACUGCUUCCGCAGAACCGCUGGUGCUGAGGGUGUCGUCUCCCUGUGGAGAGGUAACACUGCCAACGUCAUCCGUUACUUCCCAACCCAGGCCCUCAACUUCGCUUUCCGUGACACCUACAAGUCCAUGUUCGCCUUCAAGAAGGACCGUGAUGGCUACUGGACCUGGAUGGCCGGUAACUUGGCCUCUGGUGGUAUGGCUGGUGCCACCUCCCUCCUCUUCGUCUACUCCCUCGACUACGCCCGUACCCGUCUUGCCAACGACGCCAAGUCUGCUAAGAAGGGUGGCGGUGACCGUCAGUUCAACGGUCUCAUUGACGUCUACAAGAAGACUCUCGCCUCUGAUGGUAUUGCUGGUCUUUACCGUGGUUUCGGUCCCUCCGUUCUCGGAAUUGUCGUCUACCGUGGUCUGUACUUCGGAAUGUACGACUCCAUCAAGCCUGUUCUUCUCGUUGGACCUCUCGAGGGUAACUUCCUUGCCUCCUUCUUGCUCGGCUGGACUGUCACCACUGGUGCUGGUAUUGCUUCUUAUCCUCUUGACACUGUCCGUCGUCGUAUGAUGAUGACUUCUGGUGAGGCCGUCAAGUACUCUUCUUCCUUCGAUGCUGCCCGCCAGAUCAUGGCUAAGGAGGGUAUCCGCUCCUUCUUCAAGGGUGCUGGUGCCAACAUCCUCCGUGGUGUUGCCGGUGCUGGUGUCCUCUCCAUCUACGACCAGGCCCAGCUCCUCCUCUUCGGAAAGAAGUUCAAGUAA